AUGUCACCAAUAAACGCUGUUUCUGACGUGGCGUUUCUGACGCUACGCGACGUCGUGAUCUCCCUCCUCCGCUGCUUCUGGGCAAUAAUCGCUCUCCCAGUCAUCCUCGCGCUCCUGCCUCUCCCCGUGCUUACUCCCCUCCGCCAUCUCAUGCGGAUUCUGGCCGGUCGAGGAAUCACCCAAAGCGGCUCUUCGAGCAAACCCGUGAAAUCCCCCGCGUCGUCGAGAUUUGCUUAUCUGCGGCACAUGACCGUUCCCCAUCGCUGCUUCUCUCAUUUCUACAUGGUCGGAUUCGCCUUCAACCUUGCACUCCUCAUUCUCGCCCUCUCUGCUCCCUCGCAUGUAACCGCAUUCCUCAACACUGAACUUCGUAUAAGCUUCAGUGCUCUCAGCAGCAGCAGCGGUAACAGCAGCUAUAACAGCAGCAGUGAAAGCAUCGCUACAAGCACACCUGGCACCACCACCACACCCACCAGCAGCGUUCAAGCAUUGCAGCUUCUGCUGCACCGAGCACCUGUUCACUCGCUCCUCUUCCAUCUGCAUCUCGCCAGACGGCUAUGGGAGUCUACAACCCUCUCUGUCUCCCCAACAUCGUCUCACAUGCACGUCUCAGCCUACCUCCUCGGCCUCUGCUACUACAUCGCUGCCCCGCUCUCCUUCUUCCUUGCUGCCCGUCCUGCUCUGCCCUCCUCUGCUGCUCCACCAUGCCUCUCCAAUACCAGCUACUAA